UUUGUGUGUGGUUCAUCUUGUCUUUCCUUAACCACUCCCAUUGAAAAAAAUCAUUGCUAGAUGACAAAAAAUCUAUUCUCAUUUCUAUUUCCGCUUAAAAUGCGGGUAACCAUGUGAUUUCAUCAGGGGCUUCUAAAAUAAAUUUAGAUUAACACUUAAAUGUAACUAAACUAAACAAAUCAAAAUACGAUAGAAAACUCGAAUGUUUAUGUCGCUUAUUGGGAGAAAAUUUAAGCUUACUGAUUUUGAAAUAUAUUCAAAUUGUUAAUAAAAUUGGUUAGAAGACAAAUUCAUGAUUCUAUAUACCUCAGUACAAACGAAUUUAUUAGACACCACCCUAAUUGACAGGGGAUUUAAUUUUUGAGAAAUAUCGAUUUUUUUUACGUAGACCCUUGACCUUUAGGUUAUGGUAUGUGGGGUUAUAAUGCAUAUUGCACGUGACCAUUAAGCAGAUUAUUUGAGUUAAUUAAUAAUUAGAUUGAUCCCAUCGAGCUAAAAUAUACUGUGACAUUCCAUAUUUUGCAGUAGUUCUAAUGAUUCUUGGCCUCCUUCUUAGGCUUUCAUAAGUAGCCAUAUAUACAUACAUACUGUAUACACACGUUAAAAAAUGAGACUAACCGGUGAAUAGUAAUGUUCAGAAAACAAAUUUAAAGAAACAGUCAAUUAAGCUGUUUAAAACCGGUUUCGAUUUAUGUUAACGAAUGAUAUAUUAAAAAAUUUAUAAAAAUCCGAGUAAUUAAUGUGCGAAAGUUUAAUUAUUUCUGUCGCUGAAGCCUAAAUUUAAUAUCUUUGGAAAAGAGAUAAAAAAAAACCAAAAAAAGGAAAGAAAAAAAGAAGAAGAAGAUGAUGGUCUACUAAAAGCAGUUAAAUCAAAAGUGAUGUCUCUCUAUCAAGCUCAAUGUCUCUCUAUUUAUAACAGCACUUCACUUUCAUUCCCAAACAACACUCAUCAUCUUUAGACAGAAGCAAAACAACAACAACAAAAAAAAAACCUUCUCCCUUUACUCAUCUUUAGCCAAAACCCUAGAAGAAACCUCCUUUUGGAAAAAACCCAUUUCUUCAUCAUCAUGUCAACCUCCAAAACCCUAAAUCAUAAUAAACCCUGUGGAACAUCGCAAACUCAAAUGGUUUUUUCUGUAAUCCACCAAAACACAACCAACACAACGACCACCACAACUGCCACAACCGGCGAGAGAAGAGGCCGGAGAUCAAAGCAAGCAGAGCCAGGGAGAUUCUUAGGAGUCAGGAGACGUCCAUGGGGUCGUUACGCAGCAGAGAUCAGAGAUCCAACCACCAAAGAACGUCACUGGCUCGGCACUUUCGACACUGCUCACGAAGCCGCUCUUGCCUACGAUAGAGCAGCUCUUUCAAUGAGAGGCACUCAAGGUCGAACUAACUUCGUCUACACUCCAACUGAUGUUCACACUAUCCUCACAAACCCUAAUCUUCACUCUCUCAUCGUCUCUCCUUAUAAUAACCAAUCUUUCUUACCAAACUCUUCUCCUCAGUUUGUUAUUGAUCAUCUUCCUCAUUAUCAAAAAUAUCAGCAACCUAAACAUACUCUCCCCCAAGCCGUCUCACCCGUCGCUUCUUUCAAAACGCCUGUUCGUCAUCAAAACGCAGAUACUCAAGCGUUUGGUAAUAGUCCUCAGAACUCGUCUUCUAACGGCUCGCUAUCUUCUUCACUAGACGAAGAAGGCAACUUCUUCUCGCUAGAAGGAACUAACUCCAGUACCAACUCGGGUUACUUGGACUGCAUUGUCCCACACCACUGCCUUAAACCACCUGCGGAAACCACAACCAUCCAAAACCAAACCGGAGCAGGUUUCACAACUCCGGCAAGCAAGGCCUUUGAGUCACCCGGAGGGUUUAGUAGUAGUUACUUCGAUGAUGGUGAUAUGCUGAUGAUGAAUCGUCAUGAGUUCGGUUCGUGUGAUCUCUCUGCCAUGAGCACUAACUAUGGUGCUGGUGCUUCAAUGUCAAUGGAAGAUUACGCUAUAAUGGAGCCUCAAGAUUUCUCUUCUCCUAUCGCUGCUUUUGGUGAUGUUACAGACACAGGCUUCUACUCACUCUAUUAGAACAUUCUUUUUGAUAUUUUUGUUUUUAAGUAAUAAUAUAAACGUUAUUCCAUGGUCAUUUUGAUUUUUGUCGUUGACAAUAUGUUAUCUACUUAAUUAUAUAUUCUGCUUAUUGUAUCAUGCACCAUAAGGUUACCUUACCAUGAAGUUUUUAUUUUCUUUCUUUAUUUUGUAUGAUUUUUUAAUAUCAUGGAUUUGACUAGCAAACGGUGUUAAUGCGAGUUAUAUUAUAGAUCACUUUUUGUCCAUGCUACUUCCAACACACUCAUUAUGUAAUAUUAUAAGUGGUGUGUAUAAUAUAAUGAAAUCAAUGUCUUACUCAAAACAGAUAUUUGACUCGACGUGAAUAACUGAGAUAUGUUAAUUAUUUUGACAGGAUUAUUAGAUUAGUUGCAGAAACUCAAGUAUCCAUAGUUUUGAACU